GGGCCCCGGUAGCCGCCGGGCGCCGUCCCUGUCCUCGUCUUCGUCCUCGUCCCUUGUAGUCCUUCAGCCGUGGGCAGCCCUCCCGGAAGUAGGGAGGCUAUGGAGUCCCCCGGAGAGGAGAGGCUGCACCCCUCACCAUCACCCUCGCCCUCCUGGUAGUAGUGCUCCCAGCCAGCCUGCUCCCCAGGGUCCCCCUCGCGCCCUGGAAAACCUGGCGAUUUGGGAGUGAAACUGCUGCAUAAACUGCUGCAGUGCCCGGAGCGCCUUAAGGCUUUGGGAGGUGAAGGAUGACCAUCGCUCUGCUGAGACUCCCCGCAGCGCUUCCUACCAGGACAAAGGAUGCUAUGCUGUUCCAUGAACUGGUCACUCGGUUUGGCUGCUGCAGCCCCUUCUAAAUCUUUGGCAGCCUGAGGCUCUGAGGUGCUACUUCCCAAGGUAGAUGCUCCUCCCUUCCUGGGGUGGAGGGAGAGGGAGAGGUGAGCAGCACUGUGGGAGGCCAUAGAAAGCAGAAAGAAGCAGGCUGAGCUCUCCUGGAUCCUGCACUCCUUCGCUCAUCCCCACUCCAGCCUUGCAUCCUGAUGUCUCCUCUGUCCCAGCAUCCCUUGCAUCCAGGUGACCAUCAAAGCCUGCAGAGUCUCUAAGAUGAAAUGCAUCUUGGUGGCCACUGAGGGUGCAGAAAUCCUCUUCUACUGGACAGAUGAGGAGUUUGAAGAGAACCUCCGGCUAAAGUUUGGGCAGUCAGAGAAUGAGGCAGAAGAGCCCCCUGCACUGGAGGACCAGCUCAGCACUCUCCUGGCUCCAGUCAUCAUCUCCUCCAUGACCAUGCUGGAGAAGCUCUCAGACACAUACACCUGCUUCUCCACAGAAAAUAACAGCCAGCUGUAUGUCCUUCACUUGUUUGGGGAAUGUCUGUUCAUCGCCAUCAAUGGAGACCACACUGAGAGUGAGGGGGACCUCCGGCGAAAGCUGUGCGUGCUCAAGUACCUGUUCGAGGUGCACUUCGGUCUUGUUACUAUGGACGGCCAGCUCAUCCGAAAGGAGCUGAGGCCCCCAGACCUGGACCAGAGAACACAGGUGUGGGCUCACUUCCAGAGCCUGCUGUGGACCUACAGCCGCCUGCGGGAGGAAGAGCAAAGCUUUGCUGUAGAGAGCACAUAUCAUGGUUGUCUUAAAUACUGUCUGCCUUGUCCACUAGAGUCUGCUGAACAGGUAAGCACAGGCAGGCUGAGACCAUACCAGUCAUGGUCUCUGUACUCCGGAAUACCUGACACCCAAUGUGAGCUCGGGAUAGACAGAGUGAAUGUGCUCACCAACUCAGGGCUGCAGCCGGAGAAGCUGCUGGGUAACAUGGCUUCCUCCCCUGACCAGGCCAUGGAGCGGCUGAUCCACCCCCAGCUCUGUGAGCUGUGUAUAGAGACACUGGAGCGGCAUGUGGUCCAGGCCAUCAACUCCAGUCCCCUACGGGGCAGUGAAGAGGUCCUGCAUGCCUUCCUGCUUGUGCACUCCAAGCUGCUGGCCUUCUACUCCAGCCACACCGCGAGCUCCCUGCGCCCAGCUGACCUCCUGGCUCUCAUCCUCCUGGUUCAGGAUCUCCACCCCAGCAAGAGCACAGUGGAGGAGGAUGACGAUGCCCAGCCUCCCCCCCAGAGAAGGCCCCGGAGCAGCCAGAACAUCCCCGUACAGCAGCCCCGGAGUCCGUGCACCUCAGGCUUUGCUAAAGACAGCUCUUCGGGGACGGACACAGACAGCUUCUCCCUCCCUGAGGAGUACUUCACACCAGCUCCUUCCCCCGGGGAGCGGAGCUCAGGUAGCACCAUUUGGCUGGAAGUAGCACCAUCUGAUGUUCCACAGGUAGCUGAGGACACGCUCCAGGUGCUGGCUCCUCCUUCCCUAGUGCCUUCCAGUCCCAGGAGGAUCUUCCUGGACGCCAGUGUAAAGGACAACUAUUGCCCUUUGGUGCCUCACACAAUGUACUGCCUGCCACUGUGGCCAGGCAUCAACAUGGUGCUCCUGACCAAGAGCUCUAGCACCCCACUGGCCCUGGUUCUGUACCAGCUACUGGAUGGCUUUUCUCUUCUGGAGAAGAAGCUGAAGGAGGGCCAGGGGGCUGGGAGUGCCCUGCGGUCCCAGCCUCUCAUGGGAGACCUGCGCCAGAGGAUGGACAAGUUUGUCAAGAAUCGAGGUGGUCAGGAGAUUCAGAACACCUGGCUGGAGUUUAAGACCAAGGCCUUUUCCAGAACUGAACCAGGAUCAGAGUUACUCCAGGUAUGUGGGAAGCUGAAGCGGCAGCUCUGUGCCAUCUACCGGCUCAGCUUCCUGAGCACCGCACCUAGCAGGGGAGGCCCGCACCUGCCACAGCUCCUGCAGGACCGUGCCCAGAGGCUCAUGCGAGAAAGGCUGCUGGACUGGAAGGACUUCGUGUUGGUCAAGAGCAGGAGGAACAACACCAUGGUGUCCUACCUGGAGGACUUCCCAGGCUUGGUUCAUUUCAUCUAUGUGGAUCGCACAACGGGACAGAUGGUGGCUCCUUCUCUCAGCAGCAGUAAAAAGACAUCAUCAGAGUUGGGCAAGGGGCCCCUGGCUGCCUUUGUGAAGGCCAAGGUCUGGGCUCUGAUCCAUUUGGCACGCAGGUACCUGCAAAAGGGCUGUACCACACUGCUAUCCCAUGAUGGGGACUUCUGCUGCUCCUAUUUCCUGUGGUUCGAGAAUGACAUGGGCUACAAACUCCAGAUGAUUGAGGUGCCUGUCCUGUCUGACGACUCAGUCCCCAUUGGUGUGCUGGGAGGUGACUAUUACAGGAAGCUCCUGCGCUACUACAGCAAGAGCCACCCAACCGAGGCUGUCAGGUGCUAUGAGCUGCUGACUUUGCACCUGUCGGUCAUCCCCACUGACCUGCUGGUGCAGCAGGCCAGCCAGCUGGCCCGGCGCCUAGGAGAGGCCUCCCGGUUGCCUCUGCCCUAGGCUGGACUGCACUGCCCAGCGCAGUAGGCUUCUGUGCCAGUUCUUCAGCCACCCCACUAACAGAUGUUCCCUAUGCAAAAGUUUCCUCCCUCUUGUCCCCAGCAGCCUCCUGAGGAUACACACAGCUCUCAGAGCAGCUCCAGGGUUUCUUGAAUCAAUCCUACCUGGACCGCCCCCAAGUGUGAUGACAGGCCCCUAGUCCACCUCUGUACGGAAGGAAGGUCAUGGGCUUCCUGCUUACAGCAACCACGGCUGUGAGGUCCUCACAGCUGUGAGAUGGCAGUAGCUCCUCUUUCAGAGCUACUUCUGUUCCCAGGAGAGAAGGAAAUGCCCAGAACUCAGGCUGCCUGAAGACACACACCCCACCCCUCCCCAAUGCUGUGCUGCAAGGAGUGAUUUUUUUUUCCUACUCCAGAUAAAGGGUGCUCUGUUGGCUGCCCUGACCCUUAGCUCGCCUGCCUCCCCCUGCUACUUGUGCAGCUGUGGUCUUUUCUUACAAUGCUAGGCCCGUUUUUCUGUAUUUAAAAUGUGGACACCUACCUCUCAUAGUGGCAGGGAGGAUUAGCGAACACUGAUAUAUACUCAAUAAAUGUUGGAUAUUGUCCUCAUCCAAACCUAAA